AUGCGUCUCUCCAGCAUCAAGUCGAAGUUGCAAAAUGUAUCAACGUCCAUUACUAACGUGAACCCCUUUCAUAAAGCAUCUGGGCAUGAUGCAGAAGAACCCUCCAAGAAUGCCAAAGAAGAAAACAAAAGAAGUCGAAGAAGAAAGCAUAAGGAAAAACGCUCGGCAAGUGCAAGGUCCAGUGAACCCAGCGGCAGUCAUGACUCGAAACACAGAGGUCGUAAGAAACAAAUUUCUCCGAAUAGGCAGCAUUCGUCCGAGGUCAAAAAAACUGUCCCAAAUAGGGCUACGAUGGACUAUGUGGUAUCAGUCGAUGAUACUUUAUCCAGUGUGGCAGCCCGGUUUGACAUGACCCCUUCAGAACUAUGUCAACUCAACCGAUUGGUCUGUCGAAGUCUGUUUGCUGGACAGACCAUCAAGGUCCCAAAGGCCAUAUCGGAUUUGACCGCACAAGAGCCAGAUGUAAGCGGGGAAACCGGACUGACUGAUCCACAAAAUAUCGAUAAUCGAUCAUAUGAAGACGAAGGAAACUGCCCACCCAAGAUUGAUGAUGUUCUGACAGACUCGCAUGGGAAGGAAGAUACGGAAAUCUUCCGCCCCUACCUGUCUGAAUCCCCGGAGAGUGAGAGCUAUUCGUCGUCACUAGACGAUGAAGAACUUACCAACGACGAAGCGGAUCCAAUGGACGCAAAAUAUCUCAAAGUGCAAGCUGAAUUUGUGAUUGACCUGAAAACCUCGAUCUCCGGUCAAAUGCUAAUCACUACCAACAGCUUCGUUUUCACCCCAAACUUGGAAUGCGUCACCGAUUCGAAUCAGUACCAUCUUUUACUUCCCUUAGCCCGAAUUCGAUCGGUCGCAGUGUACAAAGAUCACUCGGUGCUCUAUUUUACCAAACGGGAUUCGCAUAUGGUUUCGACCCGUUUGCAUUCCGGCGGAAGAACAAAGAGUAAAUCCCGGAGCCCUUUGGCGUCCGAAACGCGGAGUCCUCCACUACACACUGAAAUCCAAGAUCCAUUCCAGCUGGCCGAAACAGUUGAGCCAGUCGAAGCCAACCCGGAAUCAAUGGAUACCGGGUUACCAGACACCUCGAUCGGAAGCACGCCUCCGGUUGUGGACCAAAAAGAUGAAACUAUUUCUCAGCAAGGCGAUUCUGUGCUGAAAGCCCCCCUCUCAAGUAAUACGGUUGUGAUCCCUUCAGACUCAGACUCUAUGGAAUAUUUGUGCGUUCUGGCCUCCAAAGAGGAUGCUACCGGUAAACGUCAUCCAGUUUGGUUCACGUUGCAGUCGGAAGAAUAUUGGUUUCGAAUACCGGUGGAGAAAGGACCAAUACUCUUCCACUUCCUUCAAGCCUGUGAAUUUGAUGAGGAAGCAGUCGACGAGAAAUUGGUGCCCUCAGCUCAGUCUCGGUUGCAUGGUCCAGCGAUUCAUGAAUGCAUGACUUCACCAGCUGAGUUGUGUGAAACCACAACCAAUUCGGGAACUGGCGGAUUCGUUUUUGUUCCAAAUACCUAUGACUGGCUCCUUCCACGAAUCGGUAGCGUAGAUGAGCGUUCCAGGGCAUUGUUGCGGCUGAGCCGCAAGCGGCGACGUCGAGUUCAAAGUUGCAAGCACAUUGUUCCCAGUGCUGCCGCAAUAGACCAAUCAAUGGUCUCUUCUACACACAGUGUGUGUUCAUUAGGCGCAGACACCGAUACAACUUCCAGUGUUUCCAAACAACGGAACCUCUCCACUGCACGCAGCACUCCAACAUUAGACGAAGAAAAGGAUGCACUGCAUCUUCUGAAAAAGGAGUCUGUUCGAUGGGAACUGGUGAACUCGAACGAGAUCAAGCUUCAAGAAGCCGAAGAAAAAAGACGGCAAUUUAUUCUGGAUAGUCUCAAGUUGGCAAUGCCGGAGAAUUUGCCUCUGCCCCAGGCUACAAGUGUCAGCCAGUUACUGGACCCUGCCAAAGUCCGCGAUAUAAUGAGGAACCUUCCUCCAGAUGCCGAAGGUCUGGACUGGCGCUUGACUUACAGUACAAGCCUUCACGGAUUUAGCCUGAGAACUCUCUUCUACCGGUGCUCCCUAAAUCCGAAAGAGGAAGACAGUGUGCAGACAUCUUUGACCUCCUCCUACACAUCAACAGAUCAGGUCUCCGCAUUCUCUUCCAUCCAUCCUUGUCUGCUGGUUUUGUGUACAUCCGAAGGAGAGACAUUUGGUGCAAUGUUGAAUGCACAUCCGUAUGCCAGUGGUGGUCGGUUUUACGGCAAUGGUUCGUGUUAUGUCUUCCGAUGGGUAAAACCUUCGAGAACCGACGAUUCCAGUACAAUUAAUGCAUCUGCAACGGAACAACCAGGAGCGGAUUGCGCAAAGACCGAUGCUCAGGAAUCAAGCACGAUGCACAUACCGGAUGAAGAGUUGAUGAAGUUGGUCCAUCAGGGACAUGAGAUUGAAAAUCCGUCCGAAAUUGAGUCAGACGAGUCCACAGAAAAAGGUAUAGAUGUUUCCGAGGAAUUCGGUCAACUUUUUGUCUCGGAUGAUGCUCAGACAGACGACAGGGGGCUUGAAUCUCCGCCAGCUGCAGCAUUUGAGAAAUUCACGUGGUCCGGGAAGAACAACUUUUUUAUCCGUGGCGAUCACGAUUCGCUCACCAUUGGCUGUGCUCAAGGUCACUCAGCUCUCCGCUUGGACGACGUACUACUUCACGGACGAACUGAGACAUGUGAAACGUUUGACAGCCCGCCGCUGUGUAGCACUGAAGAUUUCAUUGUCAACAACCUGGAGUAUCGACCCA